AUGUAUAUCAAACAGCUCAUCAUCCAGGGCUUCAAAAGCUACAAGGACCAAACGGUCAUGGAGCCUUUUUCUCCUGGCACGAACGUUAUUGUUGGCCGCAACGGCUCCGGCAAAAGCAAUUUUUUCGCAGCCAUUCGCUUCGUUCUUGGCGAUGCCUACACACAGCUGAGUCGUGAGGAGCGCCAGGCUCUUCUUCACGAGGGCUCUGGAUCUGCCGUGCUGUCUGCCUACGUGGAAAUCAUCUUCGACAACAGCGAUAACCGCUUUCAGACGAACAGCAAGGAGGUCUCGCUCCGGCGAACCAUCAGUCUACGGAAAGACGAGUACGCCGUCGACAAGAAGGUGUCAACCCGCAGCGAGGUGAUGAGCAUGCUGGAUACCGCCGGGUUCUCCCUGAAGAACUCCUACUACAUCGUUCCCCAGGGUCGCGUGACCGCCCUGACCAACAUGAAGGAGUCUGACCGGCUCAAGCUGCUGAAGGAGGUCGCUGGUACGGAGAGCUACGAAGCACGGCGUGCCGAAUCACUCAAGAUCAUGGGCGACACAGAGAACAAAAGAGCCAAAAUCGACGAGCUGCUUGAGUACAUCAAGUCUCGCAUGAGCGAACUGGAGGAGGAGAAGGAAGAGCUGCGUGGCUUUCAAGAAAAGGACCGGGAGCGACGAUGUCUGGAAUACGCCUUUCACCACCACCACCAGGUUGCUCUGACAGAAGCUCUCGAGGAGAUUGACCGCACGCGUCAGGACGGUGCCGACAACUCUGGCACAAACCAAAAGCUGUUUCUCAGCGGCGAACAAGCUAUUUCCAGGAUUGAGGGCGAGCUCCUAGAGCUACAGCGCUCGCUCGAUCUUUUAAAUAUGGACCGGCAAGAGUACGAAAACGACGCCCGCGACAUAUCUCGGAGUAAGGCCAAGGCAGAGCUGAAAGUAAAGAGUCUUGCCGACAGCCAGAAUGUCGUCGAACUCUCCAAGCAGAAGCACGAUGUCGAAUUAAAGGCGGUGCGCUCAGAAAUUGCGUCCAAAGAAGGCCAGCUGGCACAUAUUCUCCCUGGCCUCGAAAAGCGGAAGGCCGCUGAAACCGAGGUUCGGCAUACCUUGCAGACGACAGAAGCACGGCGACAGCGGCUUCUCAACAAGCAAUCUCAGGGCGACCGAUUCAGAAACAAGGCUGAUCGUGAUCGGUGGAUCGACGGACAGCUGUCUGAGCUACACAACACCCUUGGUGCCCUCCGGGCCAACCGUGUGUCGGCUGCCGAAGAGACUGAGGAAGCCAAGAGUUUCAUUGUGUCUCUAGAGACAGAUGUCGAGCACCUAUGGAAAAGCAUCGAAGGGUUUGGCUCCCGUCGUACGGCGCUCGCCGAGAGCCUGUCUAAGGCUCAGGACAAAGUGCAGAAGCUGGACGACGAAAGGCGGGCGCUCCGACGUGAAGAUGACAAGCUGAACACCGAGAUUUCGAACGCACGACAGGAGAGGGACAGAGCGAACCGCACUCUCAAUAAUUCUAUGGAUAAUGCCACAGUACGCGGCCUAGCCACGAUUGAACGUCUGAAGCGAGAGCAAGAUAUCCCGGGAGCCUACGGCAUUCUAGCCGACCUGAUGGAAGUCAGCGAGGCCUACAGAAUCCCGGCGGAGGUGGUCGCUGGAAACAGCCUCUUCCACUACGUUGUCGACAACGAGGAAACGAGUACUCUGCUUUCCAAUGCUCUGUACCAGCAGCAUGGCGGACGGCUCACGUUCAUUCCGCUGGAACAGCUACGCCCACGCGCAGCCAAUUUCCCGAAGGGUGUCAAGGAUGCUCUGCCUCUUGUAGAAAAAAUACAGUACAACGCCCGUUUCGAGAAGGCCUUCCAACAUGUUUUUGGCAGCACUGUCGUUUGCCCCAGCGUGUCCGUUGCCGCACAGUACGGCCGCAGUCACGGUGUCGAUGGCAUCACCCCCGACGGUGACACUACAAAACGCACUGGUACGAUGACGGGUGGCUACGUCGAUCCGUCGCGUUCUCGUCUCGAAGCUAUCCGAGCAGUCAAUCAGUGGCGAGGCAGGUACGAAGACCUGGUGGCGCAGGCAGAUCAGAUCAAACACCUGAUGGACAAGAAAGAGCAGGAGGUGACAAACGCAAGAGGAGAGGAGCAGAAAGUUCUUCACCAAGUGAGGCAAUUGGAGGAAGGGUUCGGACCAAGUCGAACGGAGCUGAGUGCCAAGAGGGCGCAAUUAGAGAGGGAGCGGGCGCGUCUGGACACGCUCAGCAACCGAUACGACUCGAUCAACAAGAACAUGGACGAAUAUGCCACGUCGGUCGAGUCGUUUGAGGCGGAAAAGAAGUCGGACUUCAAGAAGGCGCUCACGGCGGCAGAGGGGAUGCAACUGGAGUCGCUUAACGGCGAGGUGCAGACGCUCCAGCGGCAGCUUAACGAAGCCAGCAGCCGGCGCAGAGAGAUUGAGAGCCAAAAACAGAUCCUGGAAGUGGACUUGCGGCAGAAUCUGCGCAUGAAGGAGGACCAGCUUACCAGUCAGGUGUUUGAUACGAUGACAUCUGUAGGUGGAGACGGCAACUAUGUUGAGGCCCAGAAGGAGCUCAAGAAACUGCAGAAGCGUCUCAAGGAGAAGGAGACGAAGCUCCGUGAGACGAUGGACGACAUUGACGGGAAAACAAUACAAAUCAAUGAGCUCCGGGUAAAGAAGGGCGAGCUGGAGCAGAGGCAGCAGGAGAUAGCCGCAAACCUGGAGCGAAGCCAGAAGAGGAUGGAAAAGAACCUGCAACGACGAGCACUUCUGACACAGCAACUGGCAGAAGCGGCGAAGAACAUCCGUGACCUCGGCGUGCUUCCGGAGGAGGCGUUUGAGAAGUACGAGCGGAUGGACCCAGCUAGAAUCUCCAAGCGCCUCAAGAACGUCUUAGAAGCUCUCAAGAAGUACCGCCACGUCAACAAGAAGGCAUUUGAGCAAUACAACAGCUUCACGAACCAGCAGGAGCAGCUGCUAGGACGACGAAUGGAGCUCGACGAGUCACAGGCAUCCAUCGAAGAGCUUGUGGCUCAUCUCGAUCGUGUCAAGGACGAGUCCAUCGAACGGACGUUCAAGCAGAUUUCCAAGGAGUUUGCCAUGAUAUUCGAGCGGCUGGUUCCAGCAGGACACGGUCGGUUAGUCAUCCAGCGACGGGACGACCGGCGCGGCGGCCAGCAGGACGAGGAGGAAGACGGCGAGGGCGAAGGCGACAAUGACAACCGGCGCACUCGUCGCAGUGUCGAGAGCUACACGGGUGUUGGCAUCAGCGUGUCGUUCAACUCGAAGGACAUGGACGAGCAGCAGAAGGUGCAGCAGCUGAGCGGUGGCCAGAAGAGUCUUUGUGCGCUGUGUCUGGUGUUUGCCAUCCAGCAGACGGAUCCUAGUCCCAUGGUCGUGUUCGAUGAGGUGGAUGCGAACCUGGACGCACAAUACCGAACGGCAGUGGCUGGCCUGCUGUCGUCAAUCUCCCAGGACGCGGGGACGCAGUUUAUCUGCACGACAUUCCGGCCGGAAAUCGUGCAGGUGGCUGACAAGUGCUACGGUGUGACAUUUACGAACAAGACGAGCUCGAUCGGCUGUGUGACGACAGAAGAAGCGCUCAGCUUCGUGGAGGGCCAGAAACAGUAA